AUGGGCUACAGUUGGUAUUUAGGUCCACUCUAUGAGAAUGAUGAAAUCGAACCUAAAUUCACUCUUUCUUUCACUCAACAGCCUGGCAUGAGGCAUCAGGCAGAGCGUGUGCAGCAUUCCCGUGACCUGCGUGUGAUUGAGGCCUAUCGUGAGCGCUGUAAAACACAGGAGAUCACCAACAUGCUCUCUCAGGCCAUCACUACCAAACACACUCUCUAUGCCACGCUCGGAACGGCAGAGUUCUUCGAAUUUGUGCUCAAGAAUCCAUUCAACGUUCCGCAGACUGUCACUAUUGAAUGUGAUGACCCAGAGCUCAGUGUAAUCGUGAAAACUGAGGAGUGGAGAUAUUUCAAGGAGUUGACGAAGACUCUGACUCCUCUAGAGGAGGAGCUGUUUCACCUAAAGGAGAGUACACUGACUACACAGGUUUACCUGCGACCCAAAGAUAGCGUCCAUGUCCCCUUCAAGUACCAGACCUUCAUCUGUGGUCACACCUUCCCUCUUCAGGAUACAAAAAGCUUAAAGACUUCAAGAAGUCCACAGAUGGCUCAGAAACAUCUGUCCAAUACAAUUCAUGCCAAAUCCAUCAAGGUGCUGUUCCGCGGGGAAGACAGAAAGCCUCUGGCGAUCUGCCAGGUGGAUGUUGAACCCAUGCCACAUGUGGUGGACCAGGCCUUCCGUUUCUACCAGCCUGAACUCACCUUCCUAAAGAAGGCCAUUCGCCUGCCUGCAGCCUGGGACGACACAGCAGAUGGUUCUGCCACCCUCCAUGUGCGCUGCAGCGACCCCAAUGUCAUCUGCCACACCACCAACCUGGUUGCAAGCGAUCUGCUUGUCUUCCAGGUGCUGUUCCGCGGGGAAGACAGAAAGCCUCUGGCGAUCUGCCAGGUGGAUGUUGAACCCAUGCCACAUGUGGUGGACCAGGCCUUCCGUUUCUACCAGCCUGAACUCACCUUCCUAAAGAAGGCCAUUCGCCUGCCUGCAGCCUGGGACGACACAGCAGAUGGUUCUGCCACCCUCCAUGUGCGCUGCAGCGACCCCAAUGUCAUCUGCCACACCACCAACCUGACUCCAGGAGAACCACAGGAUGUUUACCUGAAAGUACCUGGUAGCCCAAGUCCACAGAUUAGGAAAUUCUUCAUCACCAUUUUCACUGACCCUUGGCUGGCCUCCCCUGUGCAGAUCUGGCAGGUAUACGUGCAUUACCUGCAAAGGAUGGACCUGAGCUGUGUGUGUGGCACUCUGAGCUGGCAUUCGCUGGUUCUGCACGGCACACAAACCAUUCGCAGGGUCAAGUGCUACACGUCGCAUCCCCUCGAGCUGCAGAUGGAUCCAGGUGAAGUUUUUGCUCUUCCUGCUCAGGGAGUUCAGUAUGUCUGCGUGAGUCUGAGGGCUCUGCGCCCUGGAAGCCGUUUCUUUUACCUCAAUGUAGUCGACGUGGACACUCAGCAGCUAGUUGCCUCCUGGCUGCUGUGUAUCACAUGUCGACAGCCUGUAAGGUGA